AUGAUGCGAAUUGCCUCGUCGGGAGUCCCAGCACGCUGGAGAUCUCCGAGGGUAUUCCCCGCGUAUACUCCUACGCUUAAUCUACGGCGGGCUUCGUCUAUUCAAUCGGGUCAUAUUAGUGUGAACAAGGGGGAAGCAUUGCUCUUUAUCAAUAACAUCUUCCCGUCUAGAUUGCAAUGGCUGCUAGGAAACCCUCUCGAUGGAAGCUGGUCGUAUGAAGAAGCAUUGAAACGGAUCAAUCGGCCACAUUUCGCUGCAUCCGAGCCGAUUCAUAUAAUUCAACGAGCCUUGCCGGACAAGAUGCCAUUGGAGAUCAAGGAGGUCAUCCCUCGUACGAAAGAAGGUGGUGCAUUCGUCAAGUACUCCCACGUGUCCAAUGUCUCGGACAUUGAGAUCGAGAACGCUAUCAAAAAGCAUCUGCGGCAGAAUCCAAUCAGACCCUGGUUUAAUCCUUUCCAAGGCGUUCAUGUUAGUCGGGUCCUGGGGAAGCCAUGGAUUGAGGAUCUCUAUCGUAUCCCCAGUCAGAGGCUUAGAGUGGAGUUCUUGCCAACUUCGCCAGAGUCCUCUGCGGCAGAAUUGACCAUUGAAAACCUGUACUCUCUUCUUCGUCCAUAUGGAAAGUUGCAAGAGAUCGAACCUCAGCCGUCAGACUCAAAGACCAGCCCACGAUAUGCGCACGUGGAGUUCUCUCGACUAAGGUACGCCGUCAUGGCUCGGAACUGUCUACACGGAUUCACGAUUCCGGAAGAGCACGGUGGAGGCAAGGCUGGCACUAAGUUUAAGAUAAUAUAUGAGCGGAAGAUCAAGCUGUCCAUGAUUAAAGAUUGGAUCUUCAGUCAUCCGAGGAUAGUGAUCCCCGCCCUCGCAGCGCUCAUUGCAGCCAUAUCUGUCACAGUUUUUGAUCCCAUGCGCACAUUCUUCAUAAAGAUGAAGAUUAAAGCCACCCUGCCCACGGAAGACAGCGAGUUUCUGCACUGGAUCCGCCAGCAGAUCAGUAAGGCGAACAUCAUAUACUUUGGAAACCGAAGAGCCGAUCCUCGCGGCCUCAGUGCCAUUUGGGAAGACCGUCAAGGCGAUAUCUCACAGCUGCAAUCAUGGUUACAGGAAAAUGUCGAGACCUUCAUUGUCGUCCAUGGACCGCGUGGCUCAGGGAAGCGUGAACUCGUACUAGAUAAUGUACUGAAAGACUAUAAACAUAAGGUCGUCAUCGACUGCAAGCAGAUCCAAGAUGCCCGAGGAGACACUGCAAAGAUUGCAAGAGCCGCCCAGCAGGUUGGCUAUCGACCGGUCUUUUCAUGGAUGAACAGUAUCAGCAGCUUCAUCGACCUCGCAUCCCAGGGCAUGAUUGGCACCAAGGCAGGCCUUUCAGAGACAUUGGACAGCCAGCUCAGCAAUAUCUGGCAGAGCACUGCUACUGCUUUAAGAAAAGUUGGCUUAGAAGGGAGAAAGCUAGAUGACAAAGACAUUCAUCUCUCCGACGACGAGUAUCUGGAGGCUCACCCUGAACGGCGCCCAGUCGUGAUCAUCGACAACUAUUUGCACAACGCUGAAGAGAACAGCGUGGUAUACGAUAAGAUCACCGAAUGGGCUGCCGGACUGACGACCGAAUAUAUCGCUCAUGUGAUUUUUUUGACGACAGAUGUCUCGUUCGCCAAGCCCCUCAGCAAAGCCUUGCCUAACCAAGUACUGCGAGUCAUUCCUAUGGGCGACUGCUCGUUAGACGUCGGAAGGAAGUUCGUCCUCAACCUUCUGGCGUAUGAGUCGAGUAUGGAGACUGGCAGCGAAAAAGUAAAGAAUGUAGAUAAUAUGAAGGACUUGGACAACUGUAUUGAGGUGCUGGGAGGUCGAGUUUCAGAUCUAGAAUUCAUGGCGCAUCGAAUUGAAGCUGGAGAAACUCCCAAAGCCGCUGUCAACCGUAUAAUAGAGCAAUCCGCUUCUGAGAUACUGAAGAUCUUCAUUCUGGGCUCUGACAAUGAGUCCCGGCACUGGACCCGCGAACAGGCCUGGCACUUGAUCAAAGCCCUCGGGCACUCCGAGGAUGGCACUUUGCCAUACAACCAAAUACUUACAUCAGACUUAUUCAAGGAGAACGGCGAAGCGAUCCUCCUCGCACUAGAACAAGCAGAACUCAUCGCGAUCAGUGCCACCAACGGAUUCCCACACACAGUCAAGCCAGCAAAGCCAGUCUAUCGCACGGCAUUCAAGCGAGUUGCUGAGAACAAGGCAUUGAGCAGCCGUCUUGAUCUCUCGAUCCUAUCGCAAUUAUUGAAGAAAGAGAAUAGCGCUAUUACAAAGCAUGAAGAAGAACUCGCUGUAUUGGGAGCCCUGCCAAAGCAACCUCGAGAGCUCCAUCCGAGGAUUUACUGGCUUUUAGAGAAGAUCUAUAAGUCCCAGGACAAGAUCGGGCAAUACGAGACUGAAAGUGCAGUUCUCCAGAAAAACCUCAAGAGUGGAAAUUGA